UUUUCUUGUACGUGUUGUUUGUAGCACAGUUAAAUUUUUAUCUACAAUUUAUAGAAACAGAAGAAAAUUGAAAAUAUAAACAGCGUGUGUUGACUUGUAAAAUAUUUCGAAUCAAAAAGUUUUUUGUGCAACAUGAAAUCUUUACAGAACUUUUUAUGCUGCAUGCCUUUGGAAAUUGGAGGUCAUGUGAUCGGAUGGUACACCAUAUUGACCAAUAUAUUGUGGAUAAUUGUAGCAUAUCUGAUCAUGUUCGAAGAUAUUGUGGAUCAUAAAAUAAUUGACAAAGACACAUCCACUAUUAUUUUCAUCUUCAUUUUGACUUUUUCAGUGACAUUGGCUAUCGUGGGAUAUUUGUGCAUUAAGGGAACAAGAGAAGAGCCAAUGUUGCAAUAA